CACGCGUGAAAUGCGGGACGGAACCUUCUCAAACCAAACAACGCAACGAUGGCGGCGGCUGUAACUUCUAGUAGACCGUACCAUAUCAUCAUUUUCGGCGCAACAGGGUUCACUGGAAAGUUUGUAGUGGAAGAGGUGGCCCGUUGCGCUGCAGAGAGUCCUGACGGAAGCCGUCUGAAGUGGGCUGUGGCCGGGAGAAGCAGACAGCGACUGGGAGAAGUGUUGACACAAGCCGCGGAGAGGCUGUCUAUGCCUGAGCUGAGGACAGACAUUGAAAUCAUUGUCGCAGAUGUGUCCAUCGAGGAGUCUCUGGCCAUCAUGUGCCAACAAGGCCUGGUGAUUCUCAACUGUGUGGGACCCUACAGAUUCUUUGGCGAACCAGUGGUCAAAGCUUGCGUAGAGAAUGGAGCUCACUACCUAGACAUAUGUGGAGAGCCUCAGUUCCUAGAGCGUAUGCAGCUGGAGUACCACACUAAGGCGUUGGACAAGGGAGUGUAUGUGAUCGGCAGCUGUGGCUUCGACUCCAUACCUGCAGACCUGGGUAUUCUCUACACACAGAGGCAGUUCAAAGGAACACUGACAGCUGUGGAGGGCUUCCUGAACAUUACCAGUGGGCCUGCGGGCUCAUCUGGUCACGAUGCCACUUGGCAGUCUGCUGUGCACGGUUUCGCAGACAGCGGAUCCCUCCGCCAGCUGAGGAAGAAGUUUGGCCAAAAGCCACUGCCUGUAGUGGGAGCCAAAGUCAAAAAGAGGGGUUCUGUGUUUUUCAGCAAGGAGAUGGAGCAGUAUGCCAUCCCAUUUAUGGGUUCUGACCCCUCAGUAGUCAGGAGAACCCAGCGCCACCUCUACGAGGAGGAUCACCAGUCUCCGGUCCAAUACACUGCCUACGUGGGGAUUGGUGGCCUCUUCUCAGUGAUUAAGCUCUGCUGUGGCGGCCUUCUGUUCUGGUUCAUGGUCAAAUUCAGCCUGGGCAGGAAACUCCUCACCACGUUUCCAUCGUUCUUCUCCUUUGGCUUGUUCACCAAGUCUGGUCCAACGAUGAAGCAGAUAGAAGACACCUGUUUCAGUUUGACUUUUUUCGGGGAGGGGUACUCAGAGGGGACUGAUCCCGCGCAGGGCCGACCCAACUCAAAGAUCUGCACUCAGGUCAUAGGAGCAGAGCCUGGUUAUGUCGCUACAGUUUCUGCUAUUGUACAAGCAGCCCUAACCCUGCUGAAUGAAUUGCACUCUCUUCCCAGGAGAGGAGGGGUGUACACUCCAGGAGCUGCCUUCCACAAAACCAGUCUGAUCGAGCGUCUCCAAAAUCACAGCAUCAAGUUCUCAGUCAAAAGCUACGAGUAAAAAGCUCACGUCACUUCCCAGCUACAGGAUAUCAUAUUUUAACCGAUGUCCACUGUGGAUGUUGCCCCGCUUUCCAACGAGUCAACAUAACCACUUUCAAGCGUGUGUGUGUCACUGAACCCUGCAUCUACUGGUUAUUGGUCGUCAGUGAGAGUUAAUCCAAGGGGUCAAAGCUGGGAAAGGAGCAAUCACAGCAGGAAGAGAAUCAUUGUCUUGUUCAAAGACACACUGCUAUGCACUGGCCUCCUCUCACUAAAACCUCCAGAUCUCUAAAUCUCUUAAAACAGCAAACACGUGUUGACUAUGCAUUAAUGAAAAUAAGCUGUAUUGAUUUAAUCAAUAAUAAUCUUCAUUUUCAACACUUAUUAAACACUAAUUUAAAACAGAGCAGAAACGAUAGAAAUAUGAUUAAAUAGGAAAUAUUUAUAGACGCCCUAUUAUGCUUUUUUGGGGUAUUCCCUUUCCUGUUUAGUGUGUUGUUUAGGUUUGUGUGCAUGUAAAUGGUCUGCACAGUCCCAAAGUUCCCUCAAUUGGACUCUUUCCGUAUCCUAACGACAUCACUAUGUAACACUCUUGCUUCUAUUGGCUACAUUGAGCAACACAUUUGAUUUGAUUUGCUUAGGGGUUGACCAAUCACAACAGAGCCUGCCAGCUAACCAAUCAGAGCAGACUGGGCUCUGGUUUCAGACAGAGGGUGAAAAGAGGUGCUGCAGCAUUAAAGCAUGGAGACAUGUCACAGUACACAAACUGGAUGUAGGAUAUAGAUUUGUUCAGCCGAUACCUAUAAUUAUCUGGUUUUCAUCGCUAAAACGAUGAAGAUAACAUUAGUUUCACACUUUUGUAUAUUUAAGAGAAGUAGACCUGAUUGUUUAAAAAUACUUAAAUGUAGUUAGCAAAAGUUAGAUGAUUUAAUAUUCAUAGCUCUAAACUAUUCAAAUCCAACUGACAUCACUUUGGUUAACACAACAAUCAAAUCAAAUGUUCAUUUUUGUUCAGAAGUACAUCAAAACACUCCUGAAAAAAGUGUUGAUAUUGUUGAAUACAUGUUUGGCUCUAUAGUAAGCGUGAAGUCAGUAUGUUUGUUUUAAGUAAAAUCAAGAAUAUUUAACUUAAGUCGGUACUGGAAGAGGAUGCAUGACCGUGCCUUCUAGCACCUUGUCAUCAUCUCACUGUAUGAUAGAGACAAGACGGUGGAAUUUCAAACCUUGGAAGUGUUCUUGCAAGCUUAUAGUUGUGUGUUAACUGUAUUAAACACUAAGGAUAUACUGUUACAGGAUGAGCCUGGCUAUAUUCUGAUACUGUACCAACAAUGCAUGUAUCUUCUAACAAGCAUCAUCUGUGUAUUCAAAGCCUGAUGUGUCUCAUUCCUGUGUGACACAGCUGCAUUGUUGCCCAAUUAAAAACACAUCAAUGAGC